CUUUCUGCUCAUGUGGCACAUUUGAAUUUGAGGUCCGGGCGAAAUGAUAGCGGAAAAAAUCCGAAUCUGAGAAACGGUGGCUUUCUCGCUCCGGAGCGGCAGAGCUGUGCGGCGCUCUUGCACCCGCGGAUAGCGCCCAUCAAGAGGCGUGGAGACACCUUCAGCCAGCGGCACGCGUUGAGUCUCUUUGGAGACAGACUCUCUCCAUCCAUUCUCGGGAAAUAUGGGGAGAUGGCACACACGGCUUUCUGUAUCAAGGAAACAAGAGAAUUACCGCUGUAAUUUAUGAUACUGAGACUGUACGUGUCGCAUUAGGAGAUCCGUUUGUGUUGAGGAAGUAGUAUUUUCACUAGGCUGAAGAAAAAUGGACACGUCCCCAUCUAAGUCCCAGCACGGGAAGAAGAGGGUGAAGAUCCACCCCAACACCGUGACGGUGAAGUACGCCACCCACUUCCCGCAGCCAGGCGACGAGGGCUACGACGACGCGCCCUCCUUUGAGGACUUCGGCGCCUUUGUGGAGGAGAACCCAGACAAGAAGCUGCUGACCGACGCCCGGGGCGGCAGGACUUUGUUCGGCACGAUGGAUCCGGGGCCAAAGCCUGCGGUGGGCAGCGGGCACAAGGAUAAUGGCGUGGGGGAGCAGCUGCAGAGCUUCGGCGAGGCCUCAGUGUUCGCCUCGCGGGUCACCUGGGCUGCCCUGUUUGGGGCGGCACUGGCCCAUGGCUGCGUGGCCCUCAUCACGAGGCUGGCGGCCGACCGCUCCAAGGUGCCCUCCCUGGAGCUCCUCUUCAUCCGCUCUGUCAUCCAGGUGUUCUCCAUCAUCGUGGUCUACUACCACCAGGAGGCACCCUUUGGGCCCAAAGGCUACCGCCUGCGGCUGUUCUUCUACGGCGUCUGCAAUGUCAUCUCCAUCACCUGCGCCUACACGUCCUUUGCCAUCGUGCCGCCCAGCAACGGCACCAUCAUGUGGCGGGCCACUACCACCGUCUUCAGCGCCGUGCUGGCCUUCCUGCUCAUCGACGAGCGGCUGGGCCUGACGGACAUCGUCACCGUGGUGAGCAGCGUCUUCGGCCUCUGCCUGGUCAUGAUCCCCAACAUCGCGAGCGAAGACAAGUCCCCCCUGGGCUUCUGGAAGGAGGCCUUCGGCUACACCAUGACAGUGAUGGCGGGCCUCACCGCCGCCCUCUCCAUGAUCGUCUACCGGGCCAUCAAGGAGCGCGUGAGCAUGUGGGCGGCGCUCUUCACCUUCGGCUGGACGGGCACCGUGUGGGGCGCCUCCACCAUGUUCAUCAUGCAGGAGCCCAUCAUCCCCCUGGACGGGGAGACCUGGGGCUACCUCAUCGGCAUCUGCGUCUGCUCCACCGUGGCGUUCCUGGGUGUCUACUACGCCCUGAACAGGUUCCACCCGGCGCUGGUCAGCACCGUGCAGCACCUGGAGAUCGUGGUGGCCAUGAUCCUCCAGCUCCUGGUGCUGCGCAUGAUCCCCUCGGCCUACGACGUCGUCGGCGGCCUCAUCAUAAUCGUCAGUGUCUUCGUCCUCACCGGCGUCAAGCUCUACUGGGUGGGCAGGGGCAGGCGGCAGGAUUACGAGGAGAUCCUCGACUCGCCCAUCAAAUGAGCGUGGCCUCUCGCGGCCGGACAGUCUCACGAAUGUCUGAAUCCAGAUCUAUUUAUUUUGUAUUGUGUCGUUGAAAGAGUGCCAAUUGUGUUAACGUCUCUUUGUUAUUGAUAAUGUGUGGAAUAAAAAAAAUGGUUCGCAGUGCAUUUCUCUCAAAA